GAGAGCCCGCACCGCCUGUAGCACAUCUCCCCGGUCUGUGCGCUGCACCGCGAACCUCAACGCUACCGAGACAGCCAGGGAUAGAGACAGCCGGAGAUAAUAGAGCCCAGCAGCGAGAUAUCCAGAGGGCUAGAGACCGACUGAGAGACAGCCUGAGCACGGAGGUAUACAAACCACAAGAGAGACACCCGAAGACCUAGAGAGCCCCGGGGAGACAUCCAGGACACCGAGGACUCUCUUCCACAACCCGAGAAAAGAACCAAUACGGAGCUCGAGUACAACCCAGUCCUUCCAUUACCUGCCGGACCAUGUCUGCCGGGUGCUGCUGCAGGCAGUUGGCCUGUUGCUGUGGGACGGCGGCGUGUGGGUUAUGCUGCACCUGCUGCCCGGGUAUCAAGCAGUCGACGGGCACUCGGAUUAUGUACGCCCUGUACUUCAUUUUGGUGACUGUUGUCUGCGGCACCAUGAUGUCUCCGACCGUUGCAGAAUUAAUGAAGAAUCACAUUCCAUACUUCAAAGAUAUCUGUGAACACAUCCAGGCUGGGGAGGCGUGUGAGAAGCUGGUGGGAUACUCUGCGGUCUAUAAAGUCUGCUUUGGGAUGGCCAGCUUCUUUUUACUCCUCUUUUUCCUAACAAUAAACAUUAAAAACAGUCGGGGCUGCAGGGCCUCUAUCCACAAUGGGUUCUGGUUUAUAAAAUUUGUGAUCCUAAUCGCCAUGUGCUCAGGCGCCUUCUUCAUUCCUGAUCAGGACACGUUUCUUAAUGUGUUGCGUUAUGUGGGUGCAUUUUUUGGCUUCUUUUUCUUGCUCAUUCAACUCACGCUGUUGGUGGAGUUUGCACACAAAUGGAACAAAAAUUGGACUUCUGGGACAGCUCAUAACAGAUUAUGGAGUGCAGCGUUGGCGCUGGUCACACUCGUGCUGUACUCCGUAGCGGUGGGAGCCCUGGCCUUGUUGGCCUUCUUCUACACGCACCCCGAGGCCUGCACCCUCAACAAAAUCUUGCUGGGUGUCAAUGGAGGCCUGUGCCUACUUGUGACACUGGUAGCCAUUUCCCCUUGUGUUACAAAACGUCAGCCCACGUCAGACUUGUUGCAGUCUGCAGUUAUCAGCUGUUACGUCAUGUAUCUCACCUUCUCAUCCUUGUCCAGCAAGCCAGCAGAAACAAUGCUGGAUGAAACGGGAAAGAAUGUCACAAUUUGUGUUCCCAGCUUCAGUAAAGGAAUUAACCAGGACAGCAGACUGGUCUCCAUAUUGGGUGCUCUCCUUCUGUUUGCCUGUAUUUUGUAUUCAUGUCUCACAUCAACCACGCGUUCCAGUUCUGACGCUCUUAGAGGGAGAUACACCCCUCCAGAGACAGAGGUGGCACGUUGCUGUUUUUGCUUUGUAUCCAGCGGAGAAGGUGGCAUAGAUGACCAUGUAGAAAGAAGAGGAGGGCAGCAAGUCACCUAUGAUGAGGAAAGCAGCACCGUAUACAGCUACUGUUAUUUCCACUUAGUGUUUUUCCUUGGAACCUUUUACAUGAUGAUGACUGUUACCAACUGGUUCCAUUACGACGACGCAGAAAUCGAGAAGUUGUUCUCGGGAAGCUGGUCUCCUUUCUGGAUUAAGAUGGCCUCGUGCUGGGUGUGCAUUUUGGUUUACCUGUGGACCCUGCUUGCUCCUGUAUGCUGCGGUCACCGUAAAGGAUACGUAGUAUAGACUUUCCACUCUCCGUUCAUUGUUACAUGUGGGUUCGGCAGAAGGACUCUUUGCGGUAAUUAUUUAGGACAAUAGCGUUCUUCUUUUGUGUUGGAAAUCAUCGUACUUUUUAAAAGCCAUAUUGUGCUGGACACAUCAUUGUUCAAUCACCGAUGUGCGUUUUUAGGACCAAGAACUGACUCACUGGGAACCCAAGCCAAUUUGUUCAUGUUUUCAGGGACCAUGGACUAUGGCAUUUCUAAUUCCUUUUUAAAUUUUUCUUAUGAAUCUCAGACACAAAGAAAUCUAAUUUCUAAACGCCCCCCCCCCCCCAGAUUUCCCACUGUGGUGCUGUACACUACUAACGCAAAGGGCUAUCGUUUUUUUUCUUUUUGUUAAAUUUCCAGCUGCGGGACAAUAUAUUACAGGAACCCAAAUACACUACUAUGUACCCUUUAAAAGAGAACAUUUUCAUCUUAACACGUUCAGCCUCACUUGAACCCAUUUUCCAAACUGCCUUCUUUUUACCCGUCUCCUACUGAAUGCUGAAAAUAUUGAGUUUCAACUCGAAGAAUUGGCUGGAGAUGCAGCUUUAUUCUUUAUUUGAAUUACUGUGGCCAAUUUACUAACGAUCAGCCAAGGUAGGAGAAUGGAAGCUGCUCCAUAAAGUGUGCCUCUCGUGGAACAAAUGACUCUAAUGGCGCACAAUGUCCGGGGGGAAAAUCCUCGCUCUUUUGAAAUAUCUGUGUCAUUCAUUAAUGCCUAACUUGACGCUCUGGGAAUGAAAAACUUAAACAAAAAAUGCUUAUGUUAUUAAAAGCGCGAAGACUGUUACAGUCCUGGUCUUCCUUCUCACUCUGUUCCUGUAAUAAUUUAGGAACGUAAAGACAAAGAAGAAUUGCUAAUUCCUCCAUAACAACGAAUAGUAGCGCAUGUUUUAUUGUAGAAUCAGUGUCAUUAAUGUCUCAAUAUCUCCGCAUUUGCAUGUGUGCCGUUAUCGCUUACAUAUUAACUGACAUAAAAACCAUUUAGACAUGGGUUAAAAGCGCUAAUGCAAGCUUAGCUAUCGUCUUGGAUAGAUGCCGUGUCCGCUUCCAGAGACGUUGGUAUAAAAGCACAGUAACAGGCCUCUUCUGCUAGGGGUUUUCG